GUCGCCGGCUGGUGAGCGCAGCGUAGCCUAGAGAGAAGGCGCCGGGCUGCGAGGGCGCGAGGGUAGGGGGCAGCCGGACCCCCGCAUCCAUGGCGCCCGCCGCCGUCUGGGCAGCGCUGGCCGUCGGACUGCAGCUCUGGGCCGCGGGACACGCCUUGCCCACCAAGGUGACAUUUACACCCUAUACCCCAAAGCCCGGGAGCAUGUGCAAGAUCAACGAAUACUAUCACCAGACAGUUCAGAGGUGCUGCAGCCAGUGUCCGGCGGGCCAACAUGCAAAAGUCUUCUGUACCAGGACUUCAGACACUGUGUGUGACUUCUGCGAGAACAGCACAUACACUGAGCUCUGGAACUGGCUUCCCGAGUGCUUGAGCUGCGGCUCUCCCUGUAGCUCUGACCAGGUGGAAACUCAAGCCUGCACUCAGCAACAGAACCGCAUCUGCGCCUGCAUGCCUGGCUGGUACUGCGCACUGGGCAAGAAAGAGGGGUGCCGGCUGUGCUCGCCGCUGCGCAAGUGCGGCCCGGGCUUCGGCGUGGCCAAACCAGGAACUGAAAAAUCAGACGUGGUGUGCAAGCCCUGCGCCCCAGGGACUUUCUCCAGCACGACUUCAUCCACAGAUAUUUGCAGGCCCCACCAGAGAUGUAACCUCGUGGCCAUCCCUGGGAAUGCAAGCAUGGAUGCAGUCUGCCUGUCGGAGUCCCUCACCCAGAGCACGGCCCCAGGCCCGGCACACCCACAGCAGCCAGUGUCCACACGAUCCCCGAACACAAAGCCAACUCCAGGGCCCAGCAUGGCUCCAAGUACCUCCUUCCGGAUCCCGAUGGGCCCCAGCCCCCCAGCUAAAGAGAGCACUGGCGACAUCUCUCUUCCAGUUGGACUGAUCGUGGGUGUGACAGCCUUGGGUCUACUAAUAAUAGGAGUGGUGAACUGUGUUAUCAUGACCCAGGUGAAAAAGAAGCCCUCCUGCCUGCAGAGAGAAGCCAAGGUGCCUCACCUGCCUUCUGAUAAGGCCAGGGGUGCCCAGGGCCCUGAGCAGCAGCACCUGCUGACCACAGCGCCGAGCUCCAGCAGCAGCUCCCUGGAGAGCUCAGCCAGUGCUUCGGACAGGAGGGCGCCUACCCAGAACCAGCCACAGCCAGAAGGCGUGGGGAGGGCCAGCGGAGCCGGGGAGGCCCCGGCCAGCACCGGGAGCUCAGAUUCUCCCACUGGUGGCCAUGGGACCCAGGUCAAUGUCACCUGCAUCGUGAACGUCUGUAGCGGUUCCGACCACAGCUCACAGUGCUCCUCCCAGGCCAGCGCCACAACGGGGUACACAGAUGCCAGCCCCUCGGUCUCCCCAAAGGACGAGAAGGUCCCCUUCUCCAAGGAGGAGUGCGCCUUUCGGUCUCGGCUGGAGACACCAGAGACCCUGCUGCAGAGCACCGGAGAGAAGCCCCUGCCCCUCGGCGUGCCCGAUGCAGGGAUGAAGCCUAGUUAACCAGGCUAGUGUGGGCUGCGUCGUAGCCAAGGCGGGCCAAGCCCUGGCAGGAUGACCCUGGGAAGGGACCCUGGUCCUUCCAGGCCCCCACCACUAGGACUCCGUGGCUCUUUCUGGGGCCAAGUUCCUUUAGCACCCUCCACAGCUGCAGCCUCCCUCUAACCUACAGGCCGAGAGCAGAGGCAGCGAGCUUUGGAAAGCCUCUGCUGCCACGGUGUGUCCCUCUCGGAAGACUGGCUGGGCGUGGACGUUCAGGGCACCCUGGGGCAAGUCCCUGCCUCUCUGUGAGCUGCCCUGCCCGACUGGACCUACGAGCUUGGCUUCUGGAGCCCUUGGGUUGUUCGUAUGUUUGUUUGUUUCUCCCUGUGGGCUCUGACCCAGUUCUGGCUUCCUUCUCUGCAGAGGGGCUUUCUGGAGAGGAGGGAUGCUGCCUGCAUCAUCCGUGAAAACAGGACAGUGCUUUGGCCUGAUGCUGAGACUGCAGGACGGUCCCAGGGCUCUGUGCAGGGAGGAGGUGGCAGCCCUGUAGGGAACGGGGUCCUUCAGGUUAGCUCAGAAGGCUUGGAAAGCAUUACCUCAGGCUGGACGCAGUGGCUCACACCUGUGAUCCCAGCACUUUGGGAGGCUGAGGUGGUGGAUCACCUGAGGUUGGGAGUUUGAGACCAACAUGGAAGAUGGUGAAACCCUGUCUCUACUGAAAAUACAGAAAUUAGCCGGGUGUGGUGGCAGGCACCUGUAGUCCCAGCUACUCAGAAGUCUGAGGCAGGAAAAUUGCUUGAACCCUGGAGCCGAGAUUGUGCCACUGCACUCCAGCCUGGGCAGCAGAGCAAGACUGUUCCCCCCCCCACCUCCAAAAGGAAGCACCACCUCCAAAUGCCAGCUUGUCUGAAAGUCAGAUGCCCAGAGAGCCCAGGCAGGCCCCCAUAUUCAGUGCCGUGCCUGGGCAAAAUAACGCACUUCUAACUGGAAGUCUGCCAAUUUUGUAAAAAAGGAAGUACCACGCAGGCCAACAAGCCAACGACGAACAAAGCCACAUCCAGCCCCUCGCCUGCUGUUCGCACCCUCCGCCUUCCGUCCAGUGUGCCCAUAGCCCCACCCCUCCUCCCUUGCUGUCCGGCGUGGUGUUCCCGGCCACGCCAUCUCAUUUCAGGGAACUUCAGGAACUAGAGAUGACUGAGUCCUCAUAGCCAUCUCUCCUACCUCAGCCCAGACCCUCCUCCUGCCUCCAGAGGGGUGGGCUCCUCUUCCCCACUCCCCACCUCCAACGCCCUUGCCCCAGUGGGGCUGCCCCGCCACUUUGGUACAUGGCCAGUGUGAAUCCCAAGUGUCAGCCUGUGUCUGUGUCUGUGUUGUGUGUUGUGAAUGUGUAUAGCCAAGGUUGGUAAAUUGAAUGGCCCACCUUGAAGCCGUUGAAGCCAGGAUUCCACCCCGUUAGAGUCAGCCUUCCCCCUCCCCUCCCCAAACACAUGCCCAGGGCUCUGCAGAGGGGGAGCAAGGGUAGCCUAACCCAGAUUCUGGGGGGAAGCAGGUUGAGGGGCUCCUGGAAAGGCUGGCUCAGUCUCAGGCGCAUGGGGAUAAAGGAGAAGGCAGGGAAGAGUCUAUCUAGAAGAGCAGGGCAGGGUGAAUUGCUGAUAAAUUCCACUGGACUUGAGCUUGGCAGCUGAACUAUUGGAGGGUGGGAGAGUCCAGCCAUUACCAUGGAGACAAGAAGGGUUUUCCACUCUGGAAUCAAGAUGUCAGACUGUCUGGCUGCAGAGGCUCGAACCUGUAAUCCCAGCUACUCAGGAGGCUGAGGGGAGGAUCACUGGAGCCUGAGAGUUUGAGGCUGCAGUGAGCUAUGAUAACGCCACGACACUCCAGCCUGGACAACAGUGAGACCCUGUCUCUUAAAGAAAAAAAAAAUCAGACUGCCGGGGCUGGCCAGUUUUCUGCCCACAUUGGACCCACAUGAGGAUGCGAUGGAGUGCACCUGCCCCCUGGUGGACAGUCCUGAGAGAACCUUGGGCUUCCUUGGCAUCACGGGCAGAGCCGGGCAGCGGUGAAUUUGGAGACUCUGGAGCCUCAGUUCCCUUGCGUGUGUUGAUGAGACAAUGAGAGUUUGCACUGUAUGCUGGACAGCAUUCCUGCUUAUCAAUAAACUUGUUUGUUUUA